GACGCGCCCCCCGCCGCUCCGUUCCCAUGGUGACGGCGUCCUGGCAACGGCGGCAGCUCCCGCAGCCCGGCCUGCGUCGGGCCCGAGCCGCUCCCCGCACCGGGAGGACGGACGGACGGACAGACAGACAAGACAGGCGCUCGGGGCAGGCGCGGAGCGUCGCCUUCGGAGCACACCGAGGAGCGGGGCCCGCCCGACCGCGGGGUGCAGGGGAGAGGCGGGCAGCCCCCGCCCGCUGCAGUGGAGAAACCUUCCUCUUGUCGAUGUGACAAGUGCAUUCGGAAUAUCCAGCAAACUAAUCACUCCGAAAGUACUGGAUUCAUGUAUUGUGAUUUAAAUGGCUACAGCAGUAUGAAGCAGGAGACAGCACCGUUUACAGUGACAACCAUGUACUUGAAGCCUGUAUUUCAGCCGGUAUCCAAGCCGACCCCAGUUUAGCCUCGUUAAAUUGGGAGCUGUGUGAAAUCACCUCCCCCCCCUCCCAGUUCUAGACAUUAGAACACUUACUUUCUCUUUGAUUUGCUAUCUAUUAGGCUAAAUGGGUGUUACAGACACCCAGAGAAGAAAUGUGGCAUCAGUCCUGACACCUCCAUGGAACUGUGUACUGCAAUACCUCCAAACUGCAACAAAGUUCUGUACAACCGCUGAACAAGACCUUGACACAUCCCCUCGGGAUGCUGGGUCAGAUCGAGAAAGCUGCUAAUUGGCUCUGAGAGUCCCACACGUACUGAGGGAUGCGCAUAAGUUCACCAAAGAACGGGAAGCCCACCUGUGUGCACCAUUUGUCCAGACACUCGCAUUCUGCUGUCUGUCUAGUGGCAGUCUGGCAGAAAAAGUGACAUCUUCAUGCAAUCCUGUGCUUCCAGCGCUCCGAAAACGGCUGUCAGUUGAUAUGAAAUGUGUACCAAAGGCCGUAGUAUCCGGUCUCUUGCUGCUGUGAUAUGUGUAGCUCUACCUAAAUCAGCGGGAUAUUCCCAUGUCCAUAGCUUUGUGUUCAAAUCCUGCGCUGCAUCAAGAUCACUGAGUUGUGCUGCGGCCCAGAGCAGGAGGAGUGAAGGAGCUCAGAGCUAGCAGCUCGGGCUCCACACGCUGCUGUGUGACCUCGCAGGACAGCUGGGGGCUCCCCAUGGACUGAGGCACUGCCUGAACGCCUGGGGAGCACCGUGUGCAGGCACAGACUGCAGGCCUGGGCCACUGCGGCGCACGAAAUCCUGAGUGCAGAAGCCAGCAUCAUGAUACCCAGCUCUUGUGCAGGGCUUUCUACUUACAGGCAUGCAAGAACCUAAAUGAAGAGACAUAAAUUAUUGACCAGAAAAUGGCCCAACGAAGCCCAAUCUUCCCAACUCUCGCCCAUUCUGAAAGACGGGUUCGAAACAUCCCGCUGCACAGCCAGGCGCUGACAGCGGUCCCACUGGCAUCUGCGAGCCUCGUGGAUCAGCUGGAGGACAGAAUCCUCAGCCAUGAGAAAACCACGGCAGCGCUUGUGGAACACGCUUUUCGCAUUAAGGAGGACAUUGUUUCCACUCUGCACAGAAUGCAGAACAAAGGUGGGGGCGAUCGGUUAGCCAGGCAACUCCUCGAAGAACACAUCCGGAACAUAACUGCAAUUGUGAGGCAGCUCAACCGGGACAUUGAGAUGCUGCAAGAACAGAUACGCGUCAGAGACAAUCUCAGCUAUGGAACAAAUUCUACCCUAAAGAGCCUGGAAAUGCGGCAGCUUUCUGGUUUAGGAGAUCUUCGUGGAAGAGUGGCAAGGUGUGAUGCCGGGCUAGCCAGACUGUCUGCAGAGCAUAAAAUCACAUAUGAAAGACUUCAGAGCCUAACUAAAGACCAACACACCUCUAAGCUGAUCUUAGAAUCUAAAAUCAAAGAGACAGAAAUACAGGUGUCGCACCUGCUGAGCCGGGUGGAGCAGGCGGUGGCGCAGCAGGAAGCCAAGCUGAAGCUGGCCUACAAGGAGAGCGCGCAGCAGCUCCACCUGCUGGACACCAAAUUAAAAAAUGCUAUUGAAGAGCUCAGCAGCCAGAUUUUGUCUGCACGCAGCUGGUUGGAACAGGAACACGAGAGGAUUGAAAAAGAGCUUGUGCAAAAACUUGACCAACUCUCACUGACUUUUAAGGAAAACACAGAAAUGAGUGAAAGAGCUAUAGAGAUGAAAUUCAACCAAAUAUCAGAGAAAAUCAACAAAAUAGAAGAAAUACAGAAGAUAACCAUGGAAGCACAUGAAACGCAACAGACUGAAGAAAAGAUAAAUAUUCGCAUUGGCAAACUUCAAGAUGAGAUUAAUGAAGAUAUAAAAGAAAUGAAAGCUGAAGUUAAUGCUGGAUUUGCAGCUAUCUAUGAGAGCAUUGGAUCUCUACGGCAAGUUCUAGAAGCAAAAAUGAAACUUGACAGAGAUGACCUGCAGAAGCAGAUCCACCAAAUGAAGCAGGAGGUUCCAGUGUGGGGGGAGGCUGGACCGUGACUGCAAGAUUUUGACUGAGAUGGACACAUACCUGGCUGAAUAGGCAGACUAUAGCCUUGUUCCAGUUAAAUGCAUGUACUGAAAGACAUGCUGCUGUUGCGCAGGUCUGUAUGUUUACUUAAGUGGUAAAUGCAAGCUUUUAAUAGAUCGAUUGACAAAAAGCGUUUAUGGGCUGAGGUGCUGCUUUGCCACUGCACUACUCUAGCUGCUCUCAGGAGAUUGCCAACUGUAAAACUGGAGUAAUAUAUUGGCGACGCUGGCACCUGAUUUGCUAACAGCAUUUCAGUGCUCCCCAGUUGUGUAGGCUUGAUCAGGCAAUUAUAUGCUUAUAUAUAUAUAUAUAUAUAUAUAUAUAAGCAUCUGCACCCCUGCUUUUUCUUUUCCUUUUUAUUUAAAAACAAAUAGACACAAAAAAACAAAACAAGUUGAUAUCACUUGUUUAGUAUCAGUUUGGCCACCUUGAUACAUAUUGCUGUCUUUGAAUUUGAUGGACAUUUUUGCAGCAACCUUCUCUAUCAUUACAGGACAUUGACUCCCUGUGAGACAGAACUGGCACUGAACAGACCAAUUUUCUAAACUUAGAUACUUUCAAAAAAGCUUUUGUUUAGUUGUGCAAAUAUCCCGUGUGCACGCGCGUGUGUAAACUAAAUAGUAUUAAGUAAUGUAGUUGUAGACUAAAAAUGAUUCAUGAACAAUGUACGAAACAACUUGUGGUCUUAAGUAUUGUGGCCUUUUUAGGUGACUAACCAAGUGGACUUGAGACAAGGUAAAAUAUUUAUAUAACAGUAUUUUCUACUUGGGCAUGUGUUCUUGUGACUUGUUUCAUUUUAUCGAUAAAAGCUUUGAAAGGUUUGAAAACAAAAGAAAAAGUGAUAAUCUAACAGUCUGGAGAAUGUAAUGUAACAUAAAACGCAGUUUAUGAUCAGAUUAGAAAUGUCUCUGAAGUUCAACAACUAACUCUUCAAAUUUAAGUAGAUUCUAAUUUAGUAGGUUUGAAUUGGUAAUUGAGUCCAUGGUGUUUCCAAAUAAUAACACAGUGCCUAUGUUCAUUCUCAAAAUAGAUUACGCACUGAAAAUAAGCACCCAUACAAAAUAUUAAUCUAUAUGGGAAAAUAUAUAUUUUGAUUUUAUAUUGUCAGUCAUAGCUUGAUUUUCCAUAUGUUUUCAAAUCAUCCUGGAUUAAGCACUCACAAGAGGCUUCAUCCAGCAUCCUAUUAACUUAUCCUGUACACAGAAAUUCAUAUACAAAAAUACUAUUAACUUAUAGAAGUUAGCAGUAAUGCUUGUACAAAUUGGAUAACUGGAUGUCUUUCCACUGUCUUUAUAGACUGAUUGUUUUCUUGAUAAUACUGCAGAACCAGACUCCUGUUUGGACAACCAGUGGCAAGUGUUUCUUCACUUCCACAAAACAAGCUAUGGCCCACAGACUUACCAUAUUAAAAUAAAUAAAUAAAGGCUCUAAAAUCAUUCCCAUUACCUUCACUAGGACAGUGGAGUGUGUAUUAAAAUAAUAAUAAUCAAGAAAAUAAGCACUAAUCUUUACAGGAUUACUACCUAAAUUUAUAUCCACUAUCCACUUCCUACAUAGUUGAAGGUAUUUUAAUGCAAAGAUACCUGAAUUUUUUGCAGCUCUGACUUUCAGUGCUCUCAGAUAAUCACGCUGCCUCUGUUAUUCCUGCUUUGUACCAUCCAUGUGCUGUAAAGUACAUUUACAAUGGCAGCUAAAAUGGAAGCCCAGUUUAUUAAAGGAAGACAACGACAUUCUCACAGAUGUGUCUUGGGAACUGUCUAAAAAUUAAUUCUUUCUUCACGUCUAUAUUCUUAUCUAUUCUUAAAUAUUUAGCCAAGUGCAUUGGCAAAGCUAUCACUGGUGUUUUGUAAAAUUAACAAAAACCCUGGACGUAUAAAGAAGUGAGAAGAGGUGGAACAAAAACUCAACACUUUUUCUUCUGUAGUUGCAAAUCUGUACCCUAGAGAGUAUUGUACAAUACAAAAAAGCAUAGAGGGAAACAGAUAAACAGUUAUAUAUGAAUUUAAUAAAAUGUUUCUCUUAUAAAA